GAACGGAGUGGAUAUCGAGUGUACGCAGCUCACAAGGAUGGUCAGCUAGCGUUGAGCUUCGACCCCGCCGGCGUGGGCUUCUUAAACGCCUACCCGAGCGGCAAGACGCUGCUUUCGACGACAUCCGACGGAGACGGACUGCUUUUCGACACGAACAGUGGUGGAAUUCUCCGUCAAUGGAAUGCUCAGGGCAGUCUUCGUGAUGGUUCAUGCCAGCCAGUCAACUAUCUAGGUAAAGAGCCCGAUGGAUCGCUACUUUGCCGUUUAAGCGAGCAUCUCGCUAUUCGCGAACAGGUGUGGCACAACCCGAUCUCAUUGCGCAUUUACUUCUCAGGGGCACCGGAGAUUCGACACGUGUUCGUCAACUCGGCCAACCGAGCCGAACCUUCCAACAAAGAUGCGUGCGAUCAAGUGUUCGGGAAAGCAUCGUCGACCGCUAAAGCCGCUAAGGCAAAACCACCACCGAUAGCGCACGUGGAUUUGGUGAGCAGCAUCCGCGCUGCUGUUGCUGGUCUU